GCGAGGCGGGGCGCGCGCGGCGGCCGUUGAGGGACCGUUGGGGCGGGCGGCGGCGGCGGCGGCGGCGGCGGCGGUGGCGGCGGUGGCGCGCGCUGCGGGCGAAGAGUGUGGAGGCGCGGACGCGCGGCGGAGCUCGAGCUGCUGCAGCUGCUGCCGCCGCCAGAGCGAUCUUGAUCCCCGAGCUCCGGAUACCGGUGCCUCGCCAUGGCUGACCAGCUGACCGAAGAACAGAUUGCAGAGUUCAAGGAGGCCUUCUCCCUCUUCGACAAGGAUGGGGAUGGUACCAUUACCACCAAGGAGCUGGGCACCGUGAUGAGAUCGCUGGGGCAGAACCCCACGGAGGCGGAGCUGCAGGACAUGAUUAAUGAGGUGGAUGCUGAUGGCAAUGGGACCAUUGACUUCCCAGAGUUCCUGACCAUGAUGGCCAGAAAGAUGAAGGAUACAGACAGCGAGGAGGAGAUCCGAGAGGCCUUCCGUGUCUUUGACAAGGAUGGGAACGGCUAUAUCAGCGCUGCCGAGCUGCGUCACGUCAUGACGAACCUGGGGGAGAAGCUGACGGAUGAGGAAGUGGAUGAGAUGAUCCGAGAGGCGGACAUUGACGGAGACGGCCAGGUCAAUUAUGAAGAGUUUGUACAGAUGAUGACUGCGAAGUGAAGGCCCGGGCAGCUGGCCGUGCCCGCUCUGAUCUCUUCUCGCGCUCUCCUCUCUUCAACACUCCCCUGCGUACCCGGUUCUAGCAAACACCAAUUGAUUGACUGAGAAUCUGAUAAAGCAACAAAAGAUUUGUCCCAAGCUGCAUGACUGCUCUUUCCCCUUCCUCCUGACUCCCUCCGCCCUCAUCGCUUCCUUUGGCCUUCCCUCCAUUCCCAGUCUCCAGGCCUGAUGCAUUCACACGGUGAACCCCACUGCCCUGCCCUGCCCUGCCCUGCCCUGCCCUGCCCUGGGGAGCCUGCGCUCCCCUCCAGCCCGGAUGGCUCUCCUCCGUUCUUGGUUUGUUUCCCUCUGUUUGCCCAUUUGGGUGCCAGGGUGAUCACCAUUCCUGUCCCUUCCUGCCCAGUGGGGAGUGGAGCAAGGCCUCUGCCAAGUGGGGGAGCAUUGUCCCCUGGCACUGCCGCAUGCACCCAGCCUGUGACUGUGCAAGCCCAGCAGCCUGCGGGGCGGGCGGGCGGGCAGGGUGCCAGGAGGGGACCGAGGGGGUCGAGGAUGUGACCCAGGAUGUGGGGUGGGGGUGGGAGGGGCAGGAAGACCUCUGGAGCUAUCGCCGCGUUGUCACUACUGGAGGGGGGCUGGUAGAGCGGACAGAGGCACUGGGUCUCGCUGACGCUGUUCUGAAACCAUCUGGCUGGCUGAGGUCAGGCUGGGUGGGGGGCUGCCAUUGGCCACGCUGCCGAUCACGCUUGCCCUCACGCCUCCAGCGAUGGAUCUCACGCUGAUCUGUAAAUACCUGGUGCUAACAUCCCAUGCCGCUCCCCCGUGGCGCCCCAGCCACCUGCCCAGUUGAGGGCUGGCCCAGGACCGGAUGUGGGGACGGUCGGUCGCUGUGUAAUGUGCUGGUGGUCUUUAUUCCCCCUUCCCCUUUAUGCCCCUUAAAACUUCAAUUUUGUCCUGAACAUGCCGGGCCAACUAAAGGGUGGGAGAGGAGAGAUGAGCCCUCCACGCUCACAGGAACCAGCCUGCAAUAACACUCCAUGGGCCGCCGCGCAGGGCACGCAGCGGGCACCUCCUGCCCCUCCAUGCUGACUUGGCAUCGCUUCCUGCCCUCGCCCUGCCUGCCCCAUUCCCCGGCGGAGAGCAUGAUCCGCACCCUUGCUUCUGACUCUAGCCUCUGGGACACGUCAGUCAAUGUGGGCAGUUCAGUCUGGGUUCGUCCUUUCUCUGUUCUCACCCGCCCGCCCCCCAGCCCCCCAGGGUGAUCUUGUUGCUUUUUGCUGGGACCUGCCCAGCUUUGAGGCUCCCUCAUCCCUCGGCCCAGCCUUGAGGGAGGGAGGGAGGGACAGCGUAUCAGGAGACCCAGCCUAGAGCUGAGGGCAAGGGCAGGUAGGUGUGAGGCUGUGGACUUGGCCGAAUGUUUCGGGGUUUUGUUUUUUCUUUUCUUUUUGUUUUUUUGUUUGUUUUUUUUUUUAAACCGGGCAAUAUUGUGUUCAGUUCAAGCUGUGAAGAAAAAUAUAUAUCAAUGUUUUCCAAUAAAAUACAGUGACUACC